AUGGCAGAUUAACAAAACAGUGUCAAAUAUCACAAUCAAUCAGUCAAUAACGGAAAUCAGUCCAAUCACACAAGAUAAGAGUCUACCAGUCAGGACAAAACAAAUUCAAAUUAAAAUGCAUACUAAAAGCCCCCUUCACAGCCAACUAACAGAAGUCAAUAAUCCCGAUACUAACCUUAAAAUGGGCUAAGUAAUCCUAAUACUUAAUCAUCUCAACAAUUUAAGAACGUGGGUAAGACAAUCGGAAAAGGUACAUUUGGCAAGGUGAAACUGGGUAAUCACAAUUUGACUGGAGAGAAAGUAGCUGUCAAAAUUCUUGAAAAAGACAAAAUACAGGAUGUGUCAGACGUUGAGCGUGUGGCUAGAGAAAUCCAUAUCCUUAAAUAAAUAAGACAUCCUCAUAUUAUUUAGCUAUAUGAAACGCCAAAGCAACUAUAUUUGAUAAUGGAAUUCGCAAGUGGUGGAGAACUAUUUGACUAUAUAGUAACUAACUAAAGAGUCAAAGAGCCAGAGGCAUGCCGCUUCUUUCACUAAAUUAUUGCUGGAAUCGAGUAUUUACACAAGCUAAAUAUCGUUCACAGAAACAAUAUCAAAAUAGUCGAUUUUGGUCUAUCAAACACUUACAAAGUAGGUGAGACCCUUAAAACUGCUUGUGGUUCACCUUGCUAUGCAGCACCAGAAAUGAUUGCUGGAAAAAGAUAUCAUGGCUCUAAUGUUGACAUUUGGAGUUGCGGUGUUAUACUUUUCGCAUUAAUUUGCGGUUACUUACCGUUUGAGGAUCCAAACACUGCAAACCUUUAUAAAAAGAUCUUAAAUGGAGAAUACUCCAUUCCUAAGUUUGUAUCUCCAGAAUCUAGAGAUCUGAUUGAAAAGAUCUUGAACACUGAUCCAGAGAAAAGAUACAAGAUAGGUGAUAUCAGAAAGCACCCAUGGUUCAAUCAAAUUACGAUCCCAAAAAUUACUGGGGGUAUUUUUAUUGGUCUAUCACAAAUUCCGAUCAACACUAAGAUUCUUGAUUUGCUCGUUGAAUAUAACUUUAGAAAAGAUCAAGCUGUCAAAUGCAUCAAUGCUAAUAAGCAUAACCAUGUUACUACAUCCUAUUAUCUCUUACUCAAGAGAUAUGAGUAGCUAGGUGAAAUCUCAGAUAAAGAAUUUGAGUACUUUGAUGAUAAGAAGGUUGCUGCCCUUGCCUAGGCUGAAAAAUAAAAGCAGAUAUAAAGUUAAUAGUAGUUACAGCAAUUUUAGUCGUAGUAAUUCAAAGAUUCACACUUAAAUCAGACAAUGCCUGUGAAGAAAGAAGAAGUAGGAAUCCUGACUAAAGAGGAAAAACCACCAACAGAAGAGGUUGUCAAGCCAAAAAUAAACAUAGAUAUGAAUGUGAGUGCAGAUAUUGCGCAACCCAAUCAAAAUAAUAACAUUGAUAAGGGACCGUAAUAAAUAGUCCUUCAAUAAAAUUAAGCAAAUGCAAGAGAUUAAAUGAAUAAGACUGUGAAUAUUUAGAAAGAUAAAAUGAAUUUUUCCCUAGUAGAAUAGAGAUAAGUUCCUCCUGUUAGAGGUCGAGGUCCAUAAGCAGCUUUUGACUAGAGUGCUGAUAAAUCUAAGAUUUAAGUAUUUAUGGAAACAUCUCAAGCAGAGAGAUAUGCUGGAAUGAAUAUCUCAUAUGAGAAUUCUUUUACUGCUAUUAAAAAAGAUAUCUUUAAGGAAACUGUUGAUAAGAAAAAGCAUGCAGCUCUAACUAAGGAAGUCAUUCCUAUUGAGGAAAAGCCCAACAAACCUAAAGAAAAAUUCAUUGUAAAGAACAUGAAUAACUCAACAAAUGUAGAUGUAAACUAAGGCUAUAAUUUAAAUCUUACUCAAGAGGUCAAGCCUAAUAGCACUAUCAAGGUUGAUGAUAUAAUGAACAGAACUGCAGCACAGUAUGCCUCUUCUAGAUCAGGGAAGAAACAGGUUCCUUCAUAAAAUAGCGAUUACAAAAGCAAUACUCAAGUUAUUUAGAACAUUUAAGGAUUGCAACAGAAUAACUCUAACGAGCUAGAUUCAAAUUUAAAUUCACAAGAAAAGAACUUCAAUCAAAGACAAUAACUGUUUGAUAACUCAGUUAACUAGUAAUAGUAAUAAAACCUACUUAGCGAUAGGCCUAAAACUUCGUAGCACACAGCAUAAUAGUCAAGAAUUUAUUAAAACAAUAUUCCAUAAACAGUGCAAUAACAACCAAGAAAGCUAAAUGAGACUUAGAGAAUCUCUGAUAGUAACAAUAUUAAUUCUACAAGCUUAACAUAAUCCUCAAACUAAAGCAGCAUUAGGAAACAGGACUUUAAUAAGACUGCUAAUGAAGGAUUUUCAAUAUAAAAUGCAAUAAAGAAAUCAAUAUUAAAGCAACAUAAUCUUAAUACAUAACAGCAAUAGCCUGUUUAGAUUCAAAAUGGCAUGAUCUAAAAUAAUAAAUCUGAAAGAAGCAAUAAUAAUUCUGUAAACAGGUCUGUUGUGCAAACCAUUUAAUAGAGAUCCUAGAACUCUAGUAAAAUUGGAACUAAUGAUGGAGGGCAUGGAACUCCAAAGCCUCCCAAGAGUUAAUAGUACACAGGCACAGGGACAGGAGCAGGAAAGACACCUUCUAAUGGUCCAUCUGCUAGUAUUAAUGGAAAGAUUGGCUCUAAAGAGUUUGUUCCAAAACCACUUCUAAAUGUUAAAGCUCUCAAUGCUUCAAUUAAGACCGAUAACAAUUCUUAUGCAGAAAAAGAUCUGAUGUCUUCAACUUAUUCUAAUAAUAUGCUUGAGAACUCUCAUUUCCUAAGCAACACUUAGAAAAUAAAUCAAGCAAAGUAUAACGUUGCAAAUCAAUCUAUAUCCGAUGAUGGCAAGUCUAUGUUGAACAGUACUCUAAAUGCAUCAAAUUAUAACUCAAAUGCUCUUGUAGACUCAAGAAAUUCUCAGGGUUAUAGCAAAGGCUCAAGAAAUGCUGGUGGAUCAUAAAAUACAGUUAUUCAUCAUCAAACAAUAAAUGCAGCUAAAGGUAUGCCUCCAAGUCAACUAGCUUCCUAAUCUAUUUCUCAUCAUAUAAAAUAACAAUCCACCAUCAAGACACCAACAAAAGUCAUUGGAAAUGGUUCUUCAAAUAGCUAUAGUAAUGGUAACAGCGCGAGUGGCCAUGGUAAUCAGCUUUCAGCUGGUGGAGCCAACAGUGCAUUGAAUGACUAUGGUUCAUUUAGUGAAAAGAAAGAUGAUGGAAUGAAAAUUUGUAGAGGACCUUUCAAUGUAAACUGCACUACUAGCAAAGAUCCCUAAUUGGUGCUAAUUGAAAUGGUCAGAUCUCUUGAGCUCUAAAAAGUUUCGUACAAAAAGGUUGGGAAUUAUGGGCUUAGAUGUCAAAAGAAUAAUGUAAGAUUCGAGAUGGAGAUCGCACACUUGGACAAUUUAGAUAGUAUUUACAUUGUAAAGUUCAAGAGACUUGCAGGUGAAACCUCCUCAUACAAGGAAGUCUCAAACAAAGUUCUCAAUAAUAUGCACUUGUAAACGACUAAUGUCUAUUGA